AUGAGGACCAAAACAAUCUUACGUGGUAACUAUGAUGCAGGACCGUGUUCUGAAGAACGAUAUCAACCAGGCAAAAUGAAAUAUUCAACAAACGUUAGCAGCGUUUGUGUAUUUACUAAAUCGCCAUGUAGCGAAGAGGGUCAAAUCCUAUACGAUAAAGGAAGUCCUACUCAAGAUGUUGAAUGCAGAUGUGACUAUAGAAAAAAAUUCGACUUCAUUUUUAGACAAAAUGUUUCUAGGUAUUGCAAACCUUCAGAACAAGAUUGUGCUUGCUUUAAAAACCAGUGUCCGACUGAUUUCGAACUUUCACCAGAUUAUACUUGUAUCUCAAUAUCAGGAAGAACAGUUGAACUUCUGCUGGAAAACCCUAGAAACGAAACAGAAAUCCUGUUGAUUCCACAUAGUAAUAUCACAAAACGAGACAGGUUUCAUCUACCAACAUGCACAGCAAUUCUCGUCCUGUUGAUAUUGAUAAUUGUUGUUUUCGUUGGCCCAUUUCAUUAUGACAAGGAGUUAGACAAGCUAAUUGACCAGCACAUACGAAAAGUUUACUUUGUACGAAACCUCGAAAAAGAAGUUACAGUCAUUGAAGGGAAAUCUGUAGAUAUAUCAUGUGAACUUUCUAAAGAAGACGCUGCAGUAAAAUGGUUAAAAUAUGGGUCUCCGAUUCAAUUUUCCGGUAACCGUGUUAUUGAGGAUGAGAAUGGAAGAGUAUAUACAUUAAUCAUCAGGGAUUCAAAUAUGGAAGAUGAUGGUGUAUAUACAAUGCAGGUUGAGAGAAAAUCUAGUCAGGACUUGAAGUUGAAAGUUAUUCCGUAUUUCACAACGAAUUUGAAACCACUGACUACUACUGAAGGUAAAACUGUUUCUUUUGAAUGCGAAACAGUUGAAAGUAUAAGUGAUGUUAUCUGUAUUUGGUUCUUCAAUGAUAAUGAAAUAAACUAUUCUGAGAAAUAUCAGACAACACAAUCAAGAUUCGGUUGUCAAUUGAAGAUAAAAGAGGUCAAACCUAUUGAUAGUGGGGAAUAUCAAAUUAGAAUUAGGAAUAUUUCAAGACGUACAGAUUUAAAGGUACAAUCUUACUUUAAAGCUGAUCUACGACCUAUUCCUUGUGUCGAAGGAGGAGAAUGUCUUUUAGAGUGUGAAGUUAUUGAUAAAAAUAUGCCUGCUAUCUGGUCUAAAGAUGGAAAUGAGAUAGAGAUAUCUGAAAGAAUACAGAUCUCUAUGAACGGUGCUAAACAUCAAUUAAAAAUUUUGAAUGUGAAUUCAGACGACUGUGGUGAUUACAAAAUAACAGUGAAUAAUGUAUCACGUCAAGCCGAUGUCAAAGUUAUAGAUCUAAUUUCAAAGCCUUUGACGAACAUGACUUGCAUGGAAGGUCUAAAGGUUGUUCUUAUUUGUGAAGUGGUGGAUAAGCAACUCAAUGCAAAGUGGUCAAAAGAUGGCAUUCCAAUUAGGGACAUUUCUUACAUCUCCAUCAAGUCAGCUGAUGGCAUUCACAUGUUAUGCAUAUGGCAAACUGAUAACAAAAGUGAAGGACAGUACCAAAUCAAAGUUGGAAAUAGAAACAGUUCAGCAUAUUUAAAAGUUACUGCUAUGCCCGAUUUUAUCAGACGAAUGCCACUUUGGGAUAGAGAACGAUAUCUAAGGACAGCUAAAGAAGGCACAAUGAAAAGACGACACAUACGAAUGAUGAUCGUUGGAAAAUAUUCAGCGGGAAAAACUUGUUUAAUGCGACGUUUGCUGAAUGAGGAAAUAGAUGACGUGAAAAGUACAGAUGGCAUAAACGUAGAAGUAAGAAGAUGUAAAGUUCGGAUUUCAGACGGACAGUGGAUCUUCAGUGAAGAAAAAUGCUACAAGCAGGAUUUUGACGGAAAAUUUAAAAACGCGUUUUCAGCAAAAAUACUUGAAAACAAAACUCAGGAACCUAUAGCUUCUGCCAACAUCGAGCAACUUGAUUUCAUAAGCAUUCAUAGUAAUGCUGCCAAGGAACAGCAGUUAGAGGCAGACAAAACAAAAGCUUUAGUCGAGGAAGACAUUCGUCUACAUGGUUUGGAACAAAAGUCAAAGACGUUCCUCCGAAACGCCGAAUUGACGGAUUCAACAGACAGUUACAUAUUACCGAAGAAAACUGCUGGUCAGUUAACUGAGGUCCAAGACGAUUUUACACAUAAUGAUUUUCAACCAAAAAAUAAAUUAUUGAAAGAAAAUAAAAGUAAAAUUACGCAGGAGACUUCAUUAACAAAUAUUCCAAUACAGGCGUGUAUCGACAACAUAAGGACUAAUGAAGGCAACUUUCAACAGACAUCAGAAUCAAAAAUAAAUCUACCACAUGAGUUUCGUCAAAAGCAAAUUCAUACGGACGAAUCCAUUGAAAAUAAGGAAACAGACCAGCUUUAUCUGUUGUCUAAUGUUCUACAGAGUGAGAGCAAUAAAGAAAAUGUAGAAUGUGCUGAAUGUGAUUUUUGGGACUUCGCCGGACAGAAGGAUUUUUAUGCUACACAUCAAACUUUUCUGACUAUGAAUGCAAUUUACCUGUUGACAAUAGACUUAUCAAGUUUCGAAACAGCUCAGCCAGUCCAACAGGAAAGCGGUAAAUUUGACGAUAUUGGAGAAUACACAAAUUACUGGUUAGAUUGUAUUCAUUGUUACUCAAUACAGAAUCGACAAGAAAAGUUAGAAGAAAAAGAGCCCCCAGUUAUCAUUGUUUGUACAGGAAUAGACAAAGUAACGGAUUUCCAUAAAGUUACAAAAUGCUUCAAACAUCACUUGGAAGAAAAUGUUGGUUCUCAUCCAAAACGGUUCCAUAUUAGAGACAUUGUCUACCUCUCAAACAAAGAUGUAGAUAAAAAUAAGUUUGACAUUCUUCGUUCAAAAAUAUGGAAAACUGCCAAAAGUAUGUCUUCUUGGGAAGACGAACUUCCAUUAUCAUGGAUACAUCUUGAAAAACAGUUACAAGUCACAAGUGAAAAGGAUAACAUAGUUUCUUUGAAAGAUGUUAUAAAAAUUGGUCUUGAAAGUACUUUUCCUGUGACAAAUGAGGAAGAUGUAAUUUCAUUUUUGCGAGUUCAACAUGAAAUGGGGAAUAUUAUUUUUUUCCAAAGACUGAGAGAGUAUAUUAUUUUGAAUCCGGUCUGGUUAGUAGAUGCAUUCCGAUGUCUCGUAUCACCGUGCGAAUUCCAACAACAAUAUCUUGAUAUAGAUAAUUUAAACCAGAUAACAGACACGGGCGAAAUUAAGAUUGAUUACAUAGAGCAGAUGUUUUCUAAGGUACCAAAACUUAACUUUUUCAAGCAUAAAGAUCAUCUACUAAAAGUAAUGGAAGAGUUUGAUAUAAUUGUCAGGCCAAAAACUAGACGACCUCUUUCAUUCCAGCAAAGCUAUUACAUUCCCUGCUUAAUUAAGUAUGGAACAUUUGCAACAGUAAGUGAUAAUUUCGGUAUCAAUAAGGACACCUGCCAAAGAACGCCGUGGGUUUGUCUAGAAUUUGAUUUUUUACCACCGGCAUUCUUUAACCAUAUUUUAGUUCACUUAAUUCGAAUUUACCAUGUGAGUGAAGCUGAUGUGAAAUCCCGACUAGCUCUAUAUAGUAGUUUGGGUGUUUUCGAUUUAAACAAGUCGGCAACGUCAAAACUUGUUCUUUGUACAGCAAAUGACACAAUAGCUUUUCAAGUAUGGCAAUGGCUUAAAGAUGGUUUACAAUUUGUAUACCUUCGAACCAAAAUAGAAGAAAUAGUCGAUGAUAUUAUCAAGAGGUAUCAAAUGGAUAUCAAAUACGAUGUUAAAUACAAAUGCAAAACUGGAACAUUUUCGAAACAAACGGGUAGAAAAACCGCCAGAGAGUUGAGUCAGCUGAAAAAGUACUGUUGUUCGGAACACAACGAAAACCAUGAAGCAAAAGAAAUAAUUGAAGUAUGGAUAGAGCAGAAAUCGAAGGGGUUUCCUGUAGAGACAAUCAAUCGUGAUUGGAAUACACAGAUAGAGUGCAAGUCAUGUGGUUUAGUUGCAGAUUAUUGGUGUAAGAAUUGUGAAACAGCCAUGUGUGACGUGUGUAAUGAGAAACACACCAUUGCUUCAACACAGCAUACAGUUGUCAAUUUGUUAGACAAAUAUAUAUUAAAAAAUCAGUUUGUGGUAGAUAAAGCGUCAAUUUGUGACAUUAAAAUGCUAGAAGAAACCGUUUUAGUUGCUGAUUAUAUCGGAAAGCAACUUAUACUUUAUAACAUUAAAGGAAUAUGCCAACGUAUAGUACCUUUAUCGAAAGGGCCGAGAAAAAUAGCUAUAGUUGAUAGCAAACGUGUUGCAGUGAGAUUAUUUAGAGAUAAUAAAGUUGUGAUAGUAGAUUUAACCCAAAGCGGAAUUUUCGAAAUAGACAUAAGGGAAAAAUGUCAUGGAAUUAUGUGCAUGAACAACAAACUAUUUGUAGGCUGUGAUGAUAACACUUUAAGAGUAUUUAAUUUGAACGGAGAGAAAAUAAAAACUAUAAAUAUGCAAAUGAAGCCUUGGUAUAUCUGUUGUGAUAGUAUAAAUCGUAUUUUCUGCACCGAAGAAUACAAUGAAAAUAAAGUGUCGUGCUUUGAUCAGGAUGGUAGGAAACUGUUUGACUUCAGUAAUAAAUAUAUAGUUGGAGCAACAGGUAUAACGGUUGACAAUAAUGGGUUUUUACUCGUCUCCUGUAAAAACUCGAAUAACGUUCAUAGAAUAAAUCCAAAUGGCAAAACGAGUGAAAUUAUAAUUACAAAGAUUCCUGGAUCAUCAAAAGACUGGUUUCCACUAAUCUGCUUCGAUUUUCAGUCACAAUCAGUGAUAAUUGCCCGAGAAGAUAAGGUGUAUGUGUACACCAAUCAAAUGGAUUCAUAAGUUAUAAGUUAUUUUAUGCUGAAGUUUAUUUGUUGUAAAAACAUAAUCUGUAGUGUAAAUGUUAAUUGAAAGAAAAGUAAAAUUAUAUU